AUGGCGCCUGAAUUAUCGAGUAACUGGAAGAAACUGCAGAGUGUACUGAAGAAAGAGAAUAGCGUUAAGGCGGAUAAGAAACGGAAAGCGCCAACUGAGCAAACGCGGAAUUCGAUUGCGAAGCGGAGGAGGUUGCUGGGUGACUUGUUUGAACCAGCCUCAACGAAGGCGUUGGGUGUGAAAAGGAGGAAGAUGGGGAAUGGAUCUAGUUCUGGAGAAGCAGCUGCGCAGGCUGCGCCUUCUGCGACGUUGGCGCUGUGGGCUGAGGAUAACGAUAUCUCUGCAAGAGACCUGGCGGAUGCUUAUGGCGAGGAUUUCAAGAAUACCACGGUUCCGACGAAGAGGGAGGAUAAGGUUAAUGGGGGGCUAUCCGAGGACGUGGAGAUAGGGAAAUACGUGGGGUUAGAUUGCGAAAUGGUUGGUGUGGGAGGAGAACAGGAUCGUUCUGUGCUCGCGAGAAUCAGCAUCGUCAAUUUCCACGGGACGCAGGUGUACGAUUCGUUUGUACGGCCGAAAGAGUUUGUGACGGAUUGGCGGACGCAUGUUAGUGGGGUGUCGCCGAAGAAUAUGGCUACGGCGAGGGAGUUUGAUGAUGUGCAGCAGGAGGUGGCUAAGAUCUUGAAGGGGAGAGUGAUUGUUGGGCAUGCGUUGAAGAAUGACCUCGAUGCGCUGAUGUUGGGACAUUCGAAGAGGGAUAUCAGGGAUACGUCGAAGUUUCCGGGGUUCAAACAGUAUAGCACGGGGAAAUAUCCGAAGUUGAAGACGCUUGCGAAGGAGAUUCUUGGGGUUGAGAUACAGGGAGGGGAACAUUCUAGUAUUGAGGAUGCUCGUGCUGCGAUGCUUCUUUUUAGACGACAUAAGUCUGCGUUCGACAUCGACCACGCGCAGCGCUUUCCUGUAAAGGUCCAGGGCAGUGGGGGCGGCAAAUCGAAUCCGAAGAAGAAAAAGAAAAAGGGCAAACAUUGA